AUGUUAGUUUUCUUCACAUUGGACAAGUUAGUUCAGAAUUUUUUCAAGCAUCUGAUGAGACAGACACCAAGCUACUGCACCCAUAUGCAUAUGAGAACUAAAGAAAACUGUGAA